AUGUGCUACGAGGGUAAAUACUGCCGAAUCCGUCCAACAUUACCACUACCAAUAACAACACCCAAACCACCACCUUGUAAGAACGAUUAUGACUGUCCAGCUGGUUAUAAGUGCAAAAAUGAUAAUGAUUAUGAUUGUCCAGCUGGUUAUAAGUGCGAUUAUGAAGUUUGCGUUCCUGUUCCUACUAGUACUAAUACGCCAACUCCUCCCCCACCAAAACAAUGUUGUUUUACUGGAAAUCGCUAUAAGAACUGUUACUGGUGUCGACCAAUAUUUACGUGUGUCGAUGGUGAAUAUUGUGAAUAUGUGCCUUCAACAAAUACCCCACAAACACCCAAACCACCUUCCUGUGUUUUGCAUAACCACUGUCAAGCUGGAUAUGAGUGCAAACAUGAUGUUUGUGUUCCUGUUCCAACGACUACAACAAUAACGCCAACCCCAUCCAAACCAACUUAUUGUUGUUUUAUUGGAAAUCGCUUUAUGAAUUGUUACCGAUGUCAACCAUCAUUUACGUGUGUCGAUGGUGUAUAUUGUGAAUAUGUGCCUUCAACAACUACACCAACAACACCCAAACCACCAACUUCCUGUGUUUUGUACAACAACUGUCCGGCAGGAUAUGAGUGCAAAAAUGAUGUUUGUGUUCCUGUUCCUACUACUACAACAAUAACGCCAACUACAUCCGAAACACGCAUACAAACAUUUAUAAAUUUAAAUUAG